AUGGCUCUGCCUCUGAGGUCCUUGAGCCGGGGCUUGGCGACUGCAGCCAAGGGAGACCACGGAGGGGCAGGAGGCGGCACCUGGCGCUUCUUGAGCUUCGUGCUGGCGCUUCCGAGCGUGGCCGUCUGUACCUUCAACUCCUGGCUCCACGCGGGUCACCACGAGCGCCCCGAGUUCAUCCCUUACCACCACCUCCGUAUCCGCACCAAGCCCUACUCCUGGGGAGACGGCAACCACACGCUCUUCCACAAUGCCCACGUCAACCCUCUCCCUACUGGCUACGAAGACCACUGA